CUCUAUGGUUCCCGCGCGGUGCUUUGUGGGAGCUUGGCGGAAUCAUGGUGGUGUAGGGGCUGGUUGCGCAGGGUGGGAAGAGCUUGAGCUUUAAAAUGACGACAGCAGCACGGCCGACGUUUGAACCUGCGAGAGGAGGAAGAGGAAAAGGUGAAGGAGACUUAAGUCAACUAUCCAAGCAGUACUCCAGCAGAGACCUUCCUUCUCAUACUAAAAUCAAAUACAGACAGGCCACUCAGGAUGCUCCUGAAGAGGUUCGUAACCGUGAUUUCAGAAGGGAGCUCGAGGAGCGAGAACGAGUCGCUGCAAGAGAAAAGAAUAGAGACAGACCAACCAGAGAACACACAACAUCAUCUUCUGUGUCGAAGAAGCCUCGCCUAGACCAGAUUCCUGCAGCAAAUCUUGAUGCAGAUGAUCCUCUUACUGAUGAAGAUGAUGAAGAUGAGGACUUGGAAGACAGUGAUGAUGAUGAUACUGCAGCUCUUCUGGCUGAACUAGAAAAGAUCAAGAAAGAGCGAGCUGAGGAGCAAGCUCGAAAGGAACAAGAGCAAAAAGCUGAAGAGGAAAGAAUUCGGAUGGAGAACAUUCUGAGUGGUAAUCCAUUGCUGAACCUUACCGGCCCAGCACAGCCUCAAGCAAACUUCAAAGUGAAAAGGAGAUGGGAUGAUGAUGUUGUCUUCAAGAACUGUGCCAAGGGGAUAGAUGAAACCAAAAAGGACAAAAGAUUUGUGAACGAUACUCUGCGAUCAGAAUUUCACAAGAAGUUCAUGGAAAAAUACAUCAAGUAGUACACUUCUGCCUGCAGUGCUGCUGAAGGACUUGCUUCUUCCCUCCCUGUCCCGCAGAAUUCAAGUCCAAGUACUUGGUCAUGAAUUCCCAGAUGCUUUUCCAAGAUCAUCAUUAGGUUCAUAAUUAGUAAUUGCUAUGUUUCUGGAGUUUUUAUUCCUGCAGUAUGUUUUCCCUUUGAGUUUUAAUUAAAUCAGUUUGUGGUUCAUGAAUGUUUUCAUAGUUCACAUGUGUUGACUUACUGCUUACUGGCCGCCUUGUAGAAGAGAGAAGCUGGUUUGCAAUAAAUACUUAUCAUAGUUUAAACUGCUUUCCUGAGCAACCUGUAUUUGUAGUGAUGGUGGUUUGUAACUUAACCAACUACUUAAAUGUCAGUGUUAAUCAAAGACAGGAAAUAGUUGAGUGUGAUAAGCAUGUGAACAGGGAGCUCUACUUGCCAUAGCAAAUUAGACUUCUGUCCUCUGAAUAGCUACCUGGAAACGUAGGAAUUUUCUUUUUUAGUUUUUUUUCUUGCUGUUAACCACCUUAUGGUUUGGUGAGGUAGCUCCAGGUUCUUAACAGUGCUGCUUUCUGGGAUGUCUUGGCUCAGCACUUGUGGGAUGACACCAUAUAAUGUGUGGUGAAACAUGAGAGGGAAAUGCUCUGUGGAGCUGUCAAGGUUUUUCUUCCGUAAUAAACCACUGCAGUUCUUAGUCCCUUUGCCUCAGCCAUGUGGCCAAAAGGUUCAGUCUGCAAUGGUUCAAUAGUAAUAGUGUUGUCAAACUUGCAAGUGAGUGUUUUUAUUAAAUGAGUGAUCUCAAGAUACUGCAGUACACUUUGUUCACUUCUUAAAUCUCCAAUUUAUUCUUCAGUCAUUCAUAUUUUAUACUGUCUGAAUAUCUUCAUUAUGAAAAGAUACUAUUUCUACACAUACCCCCUCCCCCUGUCAUCUUGGUUGCAUUUAAAAUCUUGGCCAAGUGAUGCACUGGAUAUGUGCCUAAUGUGAAAAAUGUAGUUGCCUCUCUGUCUAGAAGGCUACAGUGGCAGAGCUUGGAUGUGUUUAUUCUUGCCCUUUUUCCUUGCCUAUGUUACACUCAGCCUAGGUCAUUCUUACAGGCACUGUUUCACAGUAACGUUAUUUUCAAGUUCUUUGUUUGAAAAUAGAUCUGAUUUUCUGAGAGUAAAUACAGAGCACAAUGUUUCAUAUUUCUGUUAGGCACGACUCUGGUAUCCUGUACAAGUUUUCAUUAGCUUUAGCUGUAUUUUCCAUCCUCUUGUUAAGCUCUGCAUAGUGUACUAAUGCCAGCAGCUAAUGCCUAUAUUUACUUGGAAGCAAGAUUUUCUGCAUGCUCAAAGUCACGUGAACUACAGCUACUGGAGGAAUAUAUGUUUGUGUUGCUUGUGCCUCAUGACAGUAAUGAUUCUUGGGAAGCAGACAAGGGGGUGUUGUUUGUAACUCUCUUUCUUUAGAUUAAAGCUACUGAAAUCUU